CUAUAAUGAAGCUUGUGACCUAUACCGAAGCGGUAGGAUAACCGGAAAGGUGAUGACUCCCAGAUCCCCGUUAGCGCAGACGAUCGAGAAGCAGAUCAAAAUGGUGUUGGAAAUGACUGUUCCCAUAAAGUCUCAAUACAAGGGCCCCUAUGUCCCGUCCACGAGCCGCACUAUGGAUCGCCUCGCGUACCCAAGUUUUGUCAUCGAGCUCGAUAAACCUGGAAAUCUCGACAGGAAAGCCACGUCUGACCUCGGGGUAUUCUGGGGAGUCGCGCAGCUACUCAAUGCCCGCACCACGUGCGAGCUGGAUUGGUUGCUUGAAGCCGGUGAGCGGGCUAACUAUAGCCUCAGGGCCUAUUACUGCGGCAACGAUCCACCGAACCCCGGCACGAUUGAGUUCCGCGAGGCAGCUGGCACUGUUCAGGGACAGUGGGUUGAGACCUGGGCCAGGAUCUGUACUGGGCUCAUAAUCUUUGCCCUUUACUCGCCGGUGGACAGCUACGUCAAUGUUCUUCACAAUAUAGACCGGGCUGCGAGAGGUGGAGUGCCUUACGAUGUGGUCGAUCUUCUGGAUCAGUGUGGCCUCGGCGCUGAAGUACUACGCUUCGUGCAGGCCCGACUCACGACGUAUAAAGAUCGAUGGGGCCUGAAGUUUGUUCCGAAAACCUCCUGAAGGUAGUGACUAGGUAGGUGUCU